GUCUCCCCACAAUGCCUCACUGACAUGGCCGAGGGCUGCGAGGAAACGGAGAGCCAGCCAAGCAACCGCAAAGCCGAUAACGCGCCGACCAUGCUCGGCGCUGUCUUGCCAUGCGAAACCGCCAUAACAGCCGCCUCAUUGGGCACUACCUCGACCGCCGCUGGCGGCAUUGUCAUCAAGCGUGAACCUUCAACCAACUCCAGCCCAUUUGUGGACUCCAGCGUACACCAUUUGAGCGGCAGCAUUUCAGCCACAGUCAGUCUCACCGCCACAGGAACGCCCAGUCCGGACGGCACACCGCCACCGCUCACAACAACAACAACAACACCAACACAAAUAUUGGCCAUCUCACCGAACGGCUGUCGGCCGACAACCCCUGCGCUACAACACCCACAGCAACAACGCACAACCACAUCGCUAGUGGCGUGUGCACGCAUCGGAAGUACUACAGCGCCGACUACAGCGGCGGCAGGCCGUUCGUCCUCCUCGUCGUCGUCAUCGUCCUCCUCUUCCAACUCAUCGAUGACUUCGUCCACAUCGUCCACAUCCUCGACCGCUUCGUCGUCGACGACGGCGGCUGUGGCGCCCAAUUCGAAUGCCAACAAAUCGCCUUGCAGCAUAGCGGGGUCGCCGUACUCCACAUCGGCGGUCGCGUCGUCAGUGCGUGGGGGCAUUUCACCAACAUCGCCACCGCUUUCCUCGGCGGCAUCGGUUGCAGCACCAGGCACACCUAGCGGUCUGGAGGCAAGCAACGGCAGUUGCGGCUCAGCAGUUGCCAACGGCAUUGCGGCAACAGUUAGUGGCUUGACGGCAGCGCAGGCAACAACGGCGUCGACUAUGACAGCGAGCGCAACAUCACCGGUAGCAGCGGUGCAACAGGAGCGUACACCUUCACCAAUAGCUGAGACGAACGCAUUGCUGCCACAUGUGGCGCUCAACAUCAAAACUGAAUCG